AUGGAUCAUUCGCGCGAUCCCUGCCCAUGGGUCAUUCUCAAUGACUUUGGUGGUGCCUUUGCUAUGGGUGCUGUCGGAGGAGCAGUAUGGCACGGUGUUAAAGGAUUCCGCAACUCACCCUACGGAGAGCGACGCAUCGGCGCCAUCACAGCGAUCAAAGCCCGCGCACCCGUUCUCGGCGGCAACUUUGGAGUCUGGGGAGGACUUUUCAACACAUAUGACUGCGCAGUCAAGGGAAUACGGAAGAAGGAGGACCCAUGGAAUGCCAUCAUCGCAGGCUUCUUUACUGGUGGAUCACUCGCGGUACGAGGAGGCUACAAGUCGAUGCGAAACGGCGCAAUAUCAUGCGCCAUUCUGUUGGCAGUCAUCGAGGGUGUCUCAAUUGGUUUCAACCGCAUGAUGGCCGACAACACAAGGCUGGAAGCCCCUCCUCCACCGAGCGAUGUCGGCGCAUCAUCUGGCGGCGGCGGCAUGGCUGUAGCUGCAUAA